CCGGCCAUGGAGCGCCGCGCCCGGCCCCGCAGCGGCAGCGCCUGAGCAGCGACAGCGGGGCCCCAGCGCAGGGCGGGCAGCGGGCGGGGGCUGCCGAGCCCCGCCGCCGGAGCCACGGCACCGCCGCAGCCCGCCGAGGGCUCUGCCUCGCCGCUCUGCGCUUCUUUUGCCUCCCCUCUUGCUUUUGGGGUUUCUUUCGCUUGAUUAUUUUUUUUUCUCUCAAUUUUGUUUUUCUCAAUUUUUUUUCUCCCAAUAUUUUUUUUUUCUCUCAGUAUUUUUUUUCUCUCGAUAUUUUUUUUUUUUAAAUCGCAUUUUCCACCCCCCUCCCUUCUCCUCGUCGCUCGCCCGGGCUCUGCGGAAGGAAGCGCCCGCACUGCCCCGCGGCCGGAGCGCCCCGCGCCCGCCCCGAGGGGCCCCGCGGAUGUGCGGAUCCCUCCCGCCCUCUCUUUGUCCUCACCCACCUCCCAUCGUAUUUUUAUUUUUAUUUUGAAAUUUCAUUUUUUUCAAGCAGACCUGAGCAUCACCGCGGGCUGGGAGGGUGGGGGGCCCCGCGGCGCUGCCAGACCGACCCCUGCCCAUCGCUCUUAAGGAACUCUCAUGGCUUCACGGCCGCAGACAAGUUGCCGUGCAUCGUGGUGGACUAUCGGAGUUUGCAUCCUGGCAGCCGCGCUCCUACCAGGGCUGCAAGCUCAGAGCGUCUUGGUCAAUGACUCCGUCUCGGGGUUCAUCGGCACGGACGUGGUGCUGCACUGCAGCUUCACCAACCCGCUGCCCAUCGUGAAGAUCACGCAGGUGACGUGGCAGAAGGCCACCAACGGCACCAAGCAGAAUGUGGCCAUCUACAACCCCGCCAUGGGCGUGUCCAUCCUGUCCCCCUACAAGGAGAGGGUGACUUUCCGCAACCCUUCCUUCAAGGAUGGCACCAUCCAGCUGUCCCGGCUGGAGCUGGACGAUGAGGGCGUUUACAUCUGUGAGUUUGCCACCUUCCCCACCGGCAACCGGGAAGGGCAGCUGAACCUCACCGUGCUGGCCAAGCCCACCAACUGGAUGGAGGGCACCAAGAGGCCUCUAAUCGCCAAGUCUGGCAGGACAGAGAAGAUCUUGGUGGCCACCUGCACCUCCUCCAACGGGAAACCCCCCAGCACCGUCACCUGGGACACGAAGCUGAAGGGGGAGGCGGAGUUCCAGGAGAUCCGGAACAGCAACGGCACCAUCACGGUGAUCAGCCGGUACCGGCUGGUGCCGAGCCGCGAGGCGCACCGCCAGCAGCUCAUGUGCGUGGUCAACUACCAGCUGGAGAGGUUCACCGACAGCAUCACCCUCAACGUGCAGUAUGAGCCAGAAGUCACCAUCGAGGGCUUUGAUGGCAACUGGUUCCUGAACCGCAAGGAUGUGAAGCUGAUCUGCAAGUCUGAUGCCAACCCCCCAGCUCACACCUACGAGUGGAAGCUGCCAAACGGGACCCUGCCAGGGAGUGUGGAAAUCCAGAACAACACCAUCUACUUCAAAGGGCCCGUGUCCUACAGCGUGGCUGGCACCUACGUCUGCGAGGCCACCAACGCCAUCGGGACACGCUCGGGCCUGGUGGAGGUCAAUGUCACAGAAUUUCCCUACACCCCGUCUCCAAUCGAUGAUCACAAAUCCAUGGUGCAGCCGAACAUCCCCACACCGGUGAUUGGGGGCAUAGUGGGAGGCGUCUCGCUGGUCCUGCUGGUGGCCGUGGUGCUCUUUGUGGUACUCCGGCGCCGGCGUCACACCUUCAAGGGUGACUACAGCACAAAGAAGCACGUGUACGGCAAUGGCUACAGCAAGGCUGGCAUCCCACAGCACCACCCCCCCAUGGCCCAGAACCUGCAGUACCCCGACGACUCGGACGACGAGAAGAAGCCGGGCCCCUUGGGCGGCAGCACCUACGAGGACGAGGAUGAGGAUGCCGGAGGAGAGCGCAAGCUGGGCGGCCCCAAAGCCUACGAGGAGGAUGCCAAGAGGCCUUACUUCACCGUGGACGAGGGCGAGGCCCACCCCGAACCUUACGACGAGAGGACACUCGGCUUCCAGUACGACCCCGAGCAGCUCGACCUGGCCGACAACAUGGUGUCGCAGACCGACGGCUCUUUUAUUUCCAAAAAGGAGUGGUACGUGUAGCUCCACGCCCCUCUGCUACACUCACACACGCUCACACACACUCACCAACGCUCACCAACGAUGCCCUCCCUCCCCUGCAUCCCUCCCGCGCACGCCCCGGCCCCGCACAGACUUUUUGGAUGCUGGGGGCCAGCGGGGAGGGAGGGUGGCUUUGCUUACGGAUCAU